CUUCCGCCUCCCUGUGGAGGCGGCUUGUUGUUGUGAAGGCCAAAAUGGCGGCUCAAGCGGCGGCAGCGGCCCAGGCUGCUGCGGCCCAGGCAGCACAGGCCGAGGCGGCCGAGUCUUGGUACCUGGCUCUUUUGGGAUUCGCCGAGCACUUCCGCACUUCCAGUCCUCCCAAGAUCCGCCUGUGUGUACAUUGCCUGCAGGCCGUGUUCCCCUUCAAGCCGCCGCAGCGCAUCGAGGCCCGCACGCACCUGCAGCUCGGCUCGGUGCUCUACCACCACACCAAGAACAGUGAGCAGGCGCGCAGCCACCUGGAGAAGGCGUGGUUGAUAUCACAGCAAAUCCCACAAUUUGAAGAUGUGAAGUUUGAAGCGGCAAGCCUGUUGUCUGAGCUGUACUGUCAAGAGAGCCCUGAGCGAGCACGAUCGGGAACGGCCUGUGGCCGGCAGCUGCACCAAGCCGUGACUGCUGGCUCGUUUGCCCGACGUGACUGUUCCUUUCAGAAUUCUGUGGACGCAGCAAAGCCACUGCUGCGGAAGGCGAUCCAGAUCUCACAGCAGACCCCGUACUGGCACUGCCGCCUACUCUUCCAGCUUGCUCAACUACACACGCUUGAGAAGGACCUGGUAUCAGCCUGCGACCUCCUGGGUGUGGGGGCCGAGUACGCCCGGGUGGUGGGAUCCGAGUACACACGGGCGCUGUUCCUGCUCAGCAAGGGCAUGCUACUGCUGAUGGAGCGCAAGCUGCAGGAGGUGCACCCGCUGCUGACGCUGUGCGGGCAGAUCGUGGAGAACUGGCAGGGGAACCCCAUCCAGAAGGAGUCGCUGCGCGUCUUCUUCCUGGUGCUCCAGGUUACCCACUACCUGGAUGCUGGCCAGGUGAAGAGCGUGAAGCCCUGCCUGAAGCAGCUGCAGCAGUGCAUCCAGACCAUCUCCACGCUGCACGAUGAUGAGAUCCUGCCCAGCAACCCAGCCGACCUCUUCCACUGGCUGCCCAAGGAGCACAUGUGCGUGCUCGUCUAUCUGGUGACUGUGAUGCACUCCAUGCAGGCCGGCUACCUGGAGAAAGCGCAGAAGUACACAGACAAGGCCCUCAUGCAGCUGGAGAAGCUCAAGAUGCUGGACUGCAGUCCCAUCCUGUCCUCCUUCCAAGUGAUCCUGCUGGAGCACAUCAUCAUGUGCCGGCUCGUCACGGGCCACAAGGCCACCGCGCUGCAGGAGAUCUCCCAGGUCUGCCAGCUGUGCCAGCAAUCACCCCGGCUCUUUUCCAACCAUGCUGCACAGCUGCACACGCUGCUGGGCCUGUACUGCGUCUCUGUCAACUGCAUGGAUAACGCGGAAGCCCAGUUCACCACGGCCCUGCGGCUCACCAACCAUCAGGAGCUGUGGGCCUUCAUCGUGACCAACCUGGCGAGUGUGUAUAUCCGGGAAGGAAAUAGGCACCAAGAGGUACUGUACAGCCUGUUGGAACGGAUAAACCCAGACCACAGCUUCCCCGUCAGCUCACACUGCCUGCGCGCAGCUGCCUUCUACGUGCGCGGCCUCUUCUCCUUCUUCCAGGGCCGCUACAAUGAGGCCAAGCGGUUCCUGCGGGAGACACUGAAGAUGUCCAACGCGGAGGACCUGAACCGCCUCACCGCCUGCUCCCUCGUGCUCCUGGGCCACAUCUUCUACGUGCUUGGCAACCACAGGGAGAGUAACAACAUGGUGGUACCCGCCAUGCAGCUGGCCAGCAAGAUCCCAGACAUGUCGGUGCAGCUCUGGUCGUCAGCCCUGCUGAGAGACCUGAACAAGGCCUGCGGCAAUGCCAUCGAUGCCCACGAGGCCGCCCAGAUGCACCAGAACUUCUCCCAGCAGCUGCUCCAGGACCACAUCGAGGCCUGCAGCCUCCCAGAGCACAACCUCAUCACGUGGACGGACGGCCCGCCCCCCGUGCAGUUCCAGGCGCAGAACGGGCCCAACACCAGCCUGGCCAGCCUGCUGUGAGCCACAUCCGGCAUCCUCGGCGCGGGGCGUCCCCGGACUUUGUCCCUGAUGUCUCCAGCUUCUGAGUCCUGGGGUCGGGACAGCUCCUGUCCUCACGAAGGGCACGGCCCAAUCCCGCCCCUCACCAGGACCUGGCACCGAUGCCGCAGGUGGGACGCGGGGCUGUAUCCAGAGCCACUGUAGAGGCCUGCAGCUACCCAGCCACAUCCAUGUCCACGUCCACGUCGCAGUCACGCCACUGGGGGCCCGGCCAGCCCCUGACCUGUGUGCCUGCGCCCGACGGCGUCCCCUGCUUGCUCGAGGCACAGGAAAGAGGCGGUGGCCUUCAUGCGGCACAGGGCACGGCCCCGGCCUCUCCAGUCAGCCCUGGGACGCAGCUUCCAGACACCUUCCCGUGACUGGAGCCGCACCCCGCCAUGGGGGCAGGAGCUGGGCCGGUGUUGCCCUUGGGAGGCUAGGCUCAGGGAGGGGAGGGCCCGACCACCUCUGGAAUGAGGUGAUGCCACCCAGACAGCAGCACUCGGCUUGGGCUCCGCCAGGACCGCAGCCAGCCACCCCCAUGCCCGGCUGGAGCCGGGCCCGCCUCGGGUGUCCCAUUGCCCCAGUGUGUGAGGAGCCCGGGGCCACCUGUCUCCGGAAGCCCUCCUGCCCACCCUGACUCUCCAGGCCCGCGCCGGGAUCACGUCGCCUGUCAUGUCUGUCCGGCCUAUUUAUUGAAGCCUCUCCGCUUCCAGGGUAUUGUGUGUGUAGAGUGGGAGUGAGAACCUCCGACUGAACCCGGUCUCCUGCUGACGUGCUCGAGCUCCACCCGUGUCUGUGCGCAGUUAUGGAUGCAGUCUCGCAUUCACAAGUGUAAAAUCCAGUGCUCGAUAUUUAAUAUUCCCCUUGUGCCACAGCUGCCAAAUUGUGUGCGUGUGUAUGUGUGUGUGUGCACGCGCGCGUGUGUGCGCGUGUGUGUGUGUGUGCGCGCGUGUGUGCAGUCUCCCCGCCUGCCCUCUGCCGCACGUGCUUCUGCCCUGCCGGCCGUGUGAACCCCUUCCCUGUAGCCAGUGGAGAGGAGAUCGGGGUUGCUGCCCUGCCUGGCCCGGCCAGCCAUGCUGUGGCGAGUGCGGGAAGAGGCGCUGUCAGCGUCCGCAAGCCGGGCAUGGAGCCUUUUAAUGGUUUGUACUGUUUUAUUAGCAGCCUGUAACUUUCCAGCUGGUGCUUUUAAUCAGGAAUUAAUUGUAAAUACAAAACCUGUUUCAGAGGUAACCAUAGAAUGUAGCUUCCUGUUUGUGGUUGUUUUUUCCUACAUAUUCUAAGUAAAAUAAUUGACGGGAGCUGGCACUUGCCUGUCUUUGUCUCUCGUCUGCCCUUCUGCACCAUCCUACAGGCAGCCUCACCUGCACAGCUGCUGGACCCUCUGUGACAGCGCCCCCAUCACCCCAGCUCCUCGAGAG